AUGCCAAACGCCAUUAUUGACAGACUUGUGGAAGGAAAUAGAUGUGGUGAACGAGAUGUUGUACUGCUAGAUGCAGAGGACAUGAAAACAGUUGCAUCUGCUGCAUCAAAAAUCAUUUCCAUCACAAAUAACAAAACUGUCAAAAUUGUGAAUAUUGACAAGGAAAAUAUCACAUCAGAGGAAGAUGUAUUUAACUGUUUCGAGAAGGCACUUGAUUCGGAUUUCCAAAAGUUUUGGGAUGGUUUCUUUACCAUGUUGAGAAAUUACCAUGAGGACGAUCUUUCGUAUGUACUUGUAAAUGUAGUUUCCAUUCCAGUAUUGGAAAGGGAAGAUGAGGAAUUGAAUGAACAAUUGGUUUCUACCUUUUUUAAAAUAUUAUUGGAUGUGAAGGAGGAAAAGGAUGAUGAUGAAUCAGUGCAGCUCUUAAUUACGGCACCUAGGGAAGAUGCUGAUAGAGUUUCGUAUUUGUGUGAAGAUCAUGGUGGUCAACUUUAUGAUAAGAAUUCAAAUCCAAUACAAUUACCAUAA